UCCCGGGUCGGGGCCGCGCUGUGCCGGGCCUCGGGCCUCGGGCUGCAGGCGGAGGGGAGACCGGCCGGGAGCGAUGGCGCUGCGGGAGUUCGAGCGGCACCUGGACUCGCUGAGCUCGGAGCUGGGCAGCGAGGCGGGCCGGGCGGCGGCGGCGGCGGCGGGACCGGGGGCGGCGGCCGAGGCCGAGGAGCUGCACUACAUCCCGGUGCGGGUGCUGGGCCGCGGCGCCUUCGGGGAGGCCACGCUGUACCGGCGGACCGAGGACAACUCGCUGGUGGUGUGGAAGGAGAUCGACCUGGCGCGGCUGUCGGAGCGGGAGCGCAGGGACACCCACAAUGAGAUCCUCAUCCUGUCGGUGCUGCAGCACCACAACAUCAUUGCCUACUACAACCACUUCCUGGACCACAGCCGGCUGCUCAUCGAGGUCGAGUACUGCAACGGAGGGAACCUGUACGACAAGAUCCUGCAGCAGGGAGGGAAACUCUUCCCCGAGGAGACGGUGGUGUGGUACCUGUACCAGAUCGUGUCUGCCGUCGCUCACAUCCACAGCUACGGGAUCCUGCACAGAGAUAUAAAGACACUGAAUAUCUUCCUCACCAAGUCGGACCUGAUCAAGCUGGGUGACUAUGGACUGGCCAAGCAGCUCAACUCCCCCCAGUCGAUGGCCGAGACGUGUGUCGGCACUCCCUACUACAUGUCCCCCGAGCUGUGCCAGGGAGAGCGGUAUAACUUCAAGUCGGACAUCUGGGCGCUGGGCUGUGUGCUGUGUGAGCUGCUCACCCUCACUCGCACCUUCGAUGCCACGAACCCACUGAACCUGUGUGUGAAGAUCGUGAAGGGGACCCGUACGAUGGAGGUGGACCCCAGUGUGUACAGUGAGGACGCCCGCUCCAUCGUGCUGGAGUGUCUGGACAAGGACCCGGAGAAGAGGCCGACAGCAGAGGAGAUACUGAGCCGCCCUGUCAUCAGCAGUCGCAGACCACUGAUGGAGGACAGGGUCUCUCAACUCAACGCACCCGCCCGCAAAACCAGACUGAAUGCCCCUGCUGACCCAUCCAUCGCCGUGGUGACCAGCCGGUUCAGUGACGUGUAUUACUGGGGAGGGGGCAAGGCCACCCCCCAGAAACUGGACCUGUUCAAGAGUGGGCGAAGUGCCCAGCAGGUGUGUGCCAGCAACACCCACUUUGCAGUGGUGUCCGUCGAGAAGGAGCUGUACACCUGGGCGAACGUCCAGGGGGGGACGAAGAUGGUGGGUCAGUUGGGCCACGGGGACCGAGCCUCGUACCGUCAGCCCAAGUGGGUGGAGAAGCUGCAGGGAAAGGCCAUCCAUCAGGCCGCGUGUGGGGACGAGUUCACCGUCUGCAUCACCGAUGAGGGACACCUGUACGCCUUUGGCUCUGAUUACUACGGCUGCAUUGGGUGUGACGGUCAGUAUGGUCAGGAGGUGCUGGAGCCGAUGCUGGUGGAGUUCUCCCUCGAUCAUGCCGUGCAGCAGGUCUCCUGCGGCGAUAAUCACGUUGUGGCGCUUACACGGAAUAAGGAGGUGUUCGCCUGGGGCUGUGGGGAGCACGGGCGCCUCGGGCUGGAUUCGGAGGAGGAUUACCCCUACCCAGAACGGGUGGACCUGCCGGUGAGCCUGAGUGUGGUGUCAGUGCAGUGUGGAUCCGACGGCACCUUCUUCGUCACCCAGAGCGGCAAGGUGCUGGCAUGCGGCAACAACGAGUACAACAAGCUGGGGCUCAACCACUACCUGAGGGGGCUGCGUACCCAGCAGAGCAAAGCUGACCAGGAGGUACCCUACAUGACCACACUGACCCUGUCCAAGCAGUUGGCCAUCUACAAGGUGAAAACCAUCGCCGCAGGCAAGACCCACACCGCGGCCAUCGACGAGCGAGGCCGCCUGUUGACGUUCGGCUGUAACAAGUACGGGCAGCUGGGUGUAGGGGACUACAGGAAACGAGACGGCAUCAACGUGCUGGUCGGCGCCCUCGGGGGGAAGCAAGUGACGAAGGUGUCGUGUGGCGACGGAUUCACCAUAGCGUCCACCGAUGAUAACCAGAUUUUCGCCUGGGGUAACGGCGGGAACGGUCGACUCGGAAUGACAGUCGCCGAGAGGGGCUUCGGUUCGGAAAUCUGCACCUCGUGGCCACGGCCCAUCUUCGGCUCCCUGCACAAUGUGUCCGACCUGUCAUGUAGGGGCUGGCACACCAUCCUCAUCGCUGAAAUCGUGUUCGUGUCCAAAACCAUUCGGUCAAAUAGCAGUGGGCUGUCCAUUGGCGCUGCCCCCCAGGGCGCCCUGCCAGAGGAGGAGGGGGGCACGGAGCGAGAGCGGGAGGAGGAUGGACACAACAGGACGAAGAGGACGGCCGAGGACACCCUACUCCGCUCUGCCAGUCAGCUGACCGACAGCUCAUGCCCCGAGUGGCUGCUGCAGGAACUGGAGAAUGCCGAGUUUAUCCCAAUCCCAGAGAGCCCAGGAGAUCCAGCCAAGCUGACGUCCCUCUCCGAAGCGGAAACCCUUCCCUACGAUAAGCUGAGGGAAAUGAAGGAGGCCGUCAAUCAGCAGCUGGAGACUGACAUCCAGGUGUGCACGGAGCUGGAGAAUGCUGAGUUUGUCCCAAUCCCGGAGAGUCCAGGAGAUCCAGCCAAGCUGCCGACCCCAUGUGGAGCAGAAACCCUUCCCUACGAGAAGCUGAGGGCAGUGAAGGAGGUUGUGGAUCGGCCGCUGAGCUCGACUGAUGUGGUGCCAACUGUGGUGAACGGUGUGGCCCCGGAGGAAGCCCCCGCGGCGAGUGCCAAGCGGUGUAUGUGCGGCGAGGUGCGCUUGGAGCUGGAUGGGCUGCGGCAGGUCCUGGUGCAGUGUGAGGGUCAGCAGCAGAGGCUGGAGGAGGACGGCAGGCGCCUCAGUGCCGAGAUCCAGCGCCUGAGCGAGGCCGUGGAGCUGCUGUCUCGGGUCGAACAAAGUCUGAGGGUUAAAGAGGAAACGGUGAAUCGUCUGGAGCAGCAGGUGCAGAGACAACAGGAGGAGAACCGUCGGCUGUGGGCUGCGGUGCGUGCUCUGGAAGAGCAGCGAACGGAUGGUGGGGAUGGAGAGGGGAUGACGGAGGCUGUGGCGGGACCUUCCCAGACCCCCAGCCCCACCUCCCCCCCGGGCACGGGCUCCUUCUGCCACAUCGAGUAGCGUGGGCUGUGUCUGCGUGCGGCUGUUGGUACUUCUUCUGCCUCCCGACCUGACACAGGACGCUUCCCUGAGUGUGUCAGUGUGAGGGACCCUGCCCUGUGGCACACACAUUCACACACACACACACACACACUCACUCACUCACACCACACACACACACACACUCACAGACACACACACCACACUCACACUCACACACACACACAAACACACAAGGAAGGAGCCCAGGGCUGUGGCAACACUCAUACUACAAGAGACUGCUCCUUGGCUAUUGAAGGGUUUGGCACCCAUGGGUGAGGUGGUUUGUCGGUGUGUUUAUGCAGAUGGGUGUUGUCAUUGACUGGGAGCAGUGUUGGAACAUUAACCUGUUCACUCCUCGCUCUGUACAUGGUGAGUUUGCUUCAGUGUAUAUCUUUUCCACUGGUGAUCCAAGCCAACAGUCUGUAGCUGCUGGGUUGGGUCCGUGUUAUACUCAGUGCCUUAAAGUAGUUCGGAUACAGCCCCACCCCCAGCACACUCCUGUGCCUUAUAACCAAACCCCCUUGGUGAGUUUACAGUAUUGAGCAUCAUUUUGCACAGAUGUCUGGGUGUGGCGAGGGUAUAGGGUGCCGUGCAGUGAGCACCCUGUUGAUGGACCAGUGAUGUCUGCUCUUCAUCUCCCUGCUUCACCCCACUGAAGGUCUUCCUUCCCCAGCACUGUGGGAAAGAGCAGCUUCCCAGGGAGAGUCGACGGGCUAGCCACAGAGUGAUGGGGCAAAGGUGCCAGACCUGGAAUAGCAGCAUACAGAUCUACGGUCACCUCACUGGCUCUCCUACCUGAGCAUUGGUCCCUGCACCAGUGUCCCGGUGACUGACCCAGUGUCCCGGGGAGGGGUCAGUGAGGUCAGGACUCUGGGUGCCGCAGACAGUCCGGGUGAGCAGUGUGCUCCCUCUCGUUCUAUGGAUCUGUGCUCCUUCUUUCCCAUUUCGAUGUCCCACUCACUGCAUUUCCCGGGAAUGCUCCUGGCUGCCGACUGGGGCAGCCGGGAGAGCUUGGAGCUGCCUCCUCCUCCCCGAGCCUGUUCCCAGGCUCUCGUACACUCCACAGCCCGGUGGGCUGAGACCACAGACACUAAACGUUCGGACACUCAUUUUUUAUGCUCAUUGUCAUUUAGAGGAAGGGUAUAAUCAACAUUAAAUAGUU